ACUUUAACGGUUCUCCCUAACUAGUUAAACGGGAUGUUCCUCAAUGAAUCGGAAAUACGACUACACACCCCAAAAUGAAACAAGAGUUCUGUACUCGGCUGUUUUCAGUUCCUCUAUUGGUCGUUACCAUAGCAGUAUUGUGGACAGCAGUGGCUCCACUCGUAGCUGAAGGCUGUUUACAGUGCAAGCACAAACCAAUUCGGAAAAAAAUAGAUAAAUAUUCGGACGAUAGGAAAAUCCCAAAGGGAGCAGUAAAUAAACUGGACUCAGUGCUGCAUAUGAUCGACGAAGUAACUAGUCCAAACUUCUGCGAGACAGACAAAGUCUAUCGCUCUUUUCCUUUAGAAAUGCCGACGAUUUUGUUUGAUAUUGUUCGUCAGAAGGUGGAUUUGGUUGCUAAGAUUCUGGAAGGCUAUUACCCAGAAAAGAAUGAAGGAGUACUGAAGACAUUCGUGAAAGAAAUUCUUCGAUCUGGUGAUGUAGUGUUCGCGACCCGCAUCGUCUGGACCGGAAAUGGAACGAUAUGGAAGCCACUCUAUUAUAUUCAGAUCAAGAGAGCCUCCAGUAGUAGUAAUAGUGAUGUCGGCACCGAAGUGGAAGAGCGUCAUAACUAUUCUUUGGAGGAGAAUAGACCCUGGCUAGAUGACGAAUCAACUACUAGACCCUGGCUAGAUGACGAACCAACUACAGUUCAAAGUGUAUCAGAAACAGAAGACAAGGUUUCAGAGCAAAGCGAUCAUAUUCUAGGACAGUGGACGGAACCGUACUACACUUGUAAUGGAAGGAAGUGGAUCUUGUCCUACACGAACCUGUUAUACACAACAUCUAAAGGAGGUAGAAGUAAGAAAGUCAGUGAACGUUUAAUUGGAGCACUAAGCGUGGACAUUGACGUCACCAACAUGGAUAUAAACCAAUGCGACAGCCCUUGGAAACCUAACAACUCUAGCAUCACCUAUUGGCAGAUGAAUGCAUUUUUAGGGACUCACAAAUGUCAUAACAAAACUAGCGAAGUAAGUUUUUCUUUUUUAAC